ACUUCCUGUGGUUAGAUGGGGGCUUGGCAAUAUAUUUCCAAAACUCUGUAAACGAGCUGAGUUCAUUUUAAAAGGCAGCACUCGACAAGAUUUCAUUUGAACAAUGCUGAUCAUAUUCCAUUUAACACUGCUUUAUCUAUGGAUAACCGAAGAUACGGUGUGCUGCAAUGUGCCCUUUGAGCUCAAGCUUGUUACAUUGGGGCAAUCCCUCACACUAAAAUGCCAUUACGACUGUUCUAAUGAAUUUCUUCGGGGUUGUUGGAGCAAAGAACCCGAGCUCUUUAAGUGCCUCGGGGACCGAAACCGCAACUCUUGCGAAGUAACUCUUCAUCUACCCAACGUUUCCACACAGGAUCUGAAAUUUAACUACACUUGUUACACACUAGCAACAGAUGACCCGGAUCUUAAAACCAAAACACAUCAAGUUGUAGCUCUUUAUGUAAAUGGUAGUCAACGCUAUAAUAAUAUUGAAGCUAGGACAAGUACCCGAACCUGGAAAGUUGCUCCAAGUAAUAAUAUGCCUGCUACUGUUAAGCCAAUGGAUUCAAGCGGAGUAUGGAGAUUUACAGAAACUCAAGUUUUGGCAACUUUUUCCGUCGCUAUGUGUAUGGCGGUGAUGGCUUUGGUCGUUUAUUUGUGUUUGAAUCGCAAACGAUGCCGGAGGAAUGAGUAUGAUGAUGACGAAGAUGAUAUAUCCAGUUCGCCGACACAUUCCCGAGCGAUUUUCUCACCCACGAAUGAUUCAUCGGCAUCCCAAAAUGAACAACGGACCUUAAGGGUUACCUCUCAAGACAAUGAGAGUCAAAGUGAGGUUCCAUAUGCCGAAAUCAUGAUUUCAAUCAGAGGUGUCAGCACACCAGAACUCACUCAGGCCUAUUUGGCAACAGAAGACUUACAACGGUGGCGAGGCUGCGAAUCAAUGGGUCACAUAGAGGCCUCGCGCUCAGCUGAAAGACUUCACCUCCCGCAGCCCAGAGAGGUCAGACGCAAACUGAGCACCAACUCGGAGUACGCAGUCAUCACACACGCCUGACUUGAGAAGAUAUUAGCAGCCAUCAUCUGCAGGGAGAGACAGAAAAAUAUGGGGUCUAUGUAUUCUGUCUGAUGGAUCGAUGGAUAGAGAAUUAUCUUUUGAAUCACUAUAAUGUAAAUAAUGCCAACAUGUUAGUAUAAAUGCAAUGUGUCUGUCUGUAUUCAUGUUUGUUAAUCCUUUGCAACCUGAAAAAAUAAAGUUUCCUGAGAU